UUAUCUUCAAUCUGUGUGGUUGUUAUUCAAUUUUCUCUAAUCUUCGUUUUAUUUAUAUUUUUCCCAACAAAUUUCACCAUAAAACGUUCGAAACCAUGUUACGACAGUGCGUUCCUAAAUCUCCGGUAAAAUCACUUGUUUAUCGCUGUCAACACACAAGUACUGAAAAAAUCGAAGAAAUCCGUGAAAGAUUGGCCAAAGGACCAAAAUUUCAGGAUUUCGUUCAAAAUCCCAACUACACCGCAGAAGAAUGGAAUGAAUAUGAGGGUAAACUACGUCGUGAAAAGGGAGAAAACGAGCGCCUCAGAUUGCCUCCUUGGUUAAAGACAACCAUUCCGACGGGCAAGAAUUUCAAUAAAAUCAAGGAACAACUUAGAGAUCUUAAAUUGGCAACAGUCUGUGAAGAGGCUCGAUGUCCUAACAUUGGCGAGUGUUGGGGUGGUGGCGAACAUGGCACACAAACUGCCACUAUAAUGUUGAUGGGGGAUACUUGUACACGCGGCUGUCGGUUUUGUUCAGUGAAAACAGCCAGAAAUCCACCUCCGCUGGACCCACAAGAGCCUGUGAACACAGCUACAGCUAUUGCUUCAUGGGGAUUGGACUACAUUGUCCUCACUUCAGUCGAUAGAGAUGAUUUGUCCGACGGAGGUGCAGCUCACAUCGCUGAAACUGUUAAGGAAAUCAAAGCAAGGAAUCCCAAUAUCUUCGUCGAAUGCCUGGUGCCUGAUUUUCGAGGCAACCUAGAUUCUGUAAAGAAAAUCGCUCAGUCAGGACUCGAUGUUUAUGCCCAUAACAUCGAAACUGUCGAAAAACUCACACCCUUUGUCCGCGAUCGCCGCGCCGAAUACCGACAGACCUUGGCUGUUCUCAAGGAAGCCAAGCAAUUCAACCCAAAACUCGUUACAAAGAGCUCCAUAAUGCUCGGUCUGGGAGAAACUGACGAACAAAUCGAACAAACCCUCAAUGACCUUCGUAAGGUUGGAGUGGAGUGUGUGACCCUCGGUCAGUACAUGCAACCCACAAAGAAACAUCUAAAAGUCAUCGAAUACGUGACACCGGAGAAGUUCAAGCAUUGGGAAGAACGAGGUCAGCAACUGGGAUUCCUUUACACAGCCAGUGGACCAUUGGUUCGCAGUUCAUACAAAGCUGGAGAGUUCUUUAUCACAAGUAUUUUAAAAACCAGACAGGAAAACACCGCCGAGAAGUUGUAAAUACGAUACACAAAAUAGGAAAGGAAAAAAGCUUAACUAACCUAGUUAUAGGCGUUGUAGUUGUUGUUGUAUGUUGACAUAAAAAUAUAAAUAAAGAACACAAAAACAAAAACAAAGAAAAAGAAAUAUU